UUUGUUCAGAAGCCCCCUGGAAAUCCUUCCCAAAAAUGAUAUUUUAGGCCAAAAACAUUUAGUGGGCCCGAGUCAACAUGGCGGGGAGCAACUCAUCAUUGGGGGGAAGGCGAUUCCAUAAGAGGAAGGGCCUCUCAAAAUAUCACAAAUCGACACCCGCAGUCCUCAAUUUCCAAGCAUUUACUUCUUCAUUCGAGCCUGAAAAUGUCAAGUAGCGGCAUCAGCAGUGCACUACGUGAGAAAUUAUCCCUGGACGGUCUGAACAAAAAAGGCCAAGCCCGGCUGAGCCCCACCUGGGCAACCUGGCCAUCCCCUGGGAUGAGCCCAGAUGACGUCGUGCUGAAGUCCACCUUCUACCCUUCUCAAGCCCAGCGUGUGUCAUGCUCCGCAUGUGCUGGUUUCUUGCCUCCAGUCCACCUGGGUCCAACCCUGGCACGGACUUGUGCCCAGCUGGAACGCAGCGUAUAUAACAGCUGGGUCCUGACCGGGUGUCAGCUGGAGCCCAGCGCCUGCCCAAGCCAAGCUGAUGUUCAUGUACUCGCCCAGCAUGUGCCCGGGUGGCGCGCAGCUAGGCAGCGGGCAGACAGCCCAGUAGUGGCCACGCCGCAGCCCGUCAACAAAAAUGCUGUAAGGACCUUUGUAAAGCCAUCUGGGGCCAUGCUGGGCACCCGGCCUCCCCCCACCCAGUCCGUCCACCUGGGACCGGCCGGACCUAUGAAAAGCUGACUGGGAGCCUGCGGCUGUGGUCGAACCGACCUGCCCUAUCUGCGCGCACGGUCUCCUGGAGCUACGCAAGUCUUAAGCACGUGCCCGCUCGCCCGCCCAAGGCCACGGGCCACAGUCGGUCCGUGCCGGCACACCACGAGGUGCUCGCUGACUUAUGGCAGGGCGGUGGGUGCACGUGAACGGACGGCGGCGGGGUCCUGGUCCGGUCACGGUCGGUUGCUGCGGCGCAGGCGUCGGAUCGCUCAGGUACCUCCGUACCGGAUGGUACGCCAGGGUGGUCCAGACAGACGCAGUCAUGCCUGAAGGUCCGGAGCUCCAUCUAUCUUCGCUGUUUAUCAAGAGAGUGAGUGAUUCAAAAUCAUUCAUCGGCAAAAUUGUGGAGCGGCUGCCCGCCAACAGAGAGCCAAGGCUGGUGGAUUUCAACAAACGCCUCGGUGACAACGCGUGUUACACUCUGACGUCAUGGUCUCGAGGGAAAGAGCUUAUGUUGACAGUGAAGCCACUUAAAUCGAAAUAUCCAAAUGCAUCCUACAAACCGGAGGAAUGGACAAUUCGCUUCAAUUUUGGAAUGACUGGGUGCUUCAAAUUCACGAAGACUGCUGACACACCCAAGCAUGCCAAAGUAUGCUUCCGCACGGCCGGCGAGCCGUCCUACACGCUGAGCUUCGUGGACAUGCGCGGCUUCGGCCGGUGGGUAGCGAGUCCCGAGUGGUCGAAGGACCGCGGCCCGUGCAUCCUGCAGGAGGCCGACCUCUUCCGUGCCAACGUGCUCGACAAUCUGGCCGUCUCCGUCUUCAACAAGCCUAUAUGCGAGGCCAUGCUGGAUCAGCGCUACUUCAACGGGGUCGGCAACUACCUGCGCGCUGAGGUCCUGCACAGGCUGUCUGUACGCCCGUUUGAGAGCGCACGGGACGUGCUGGCGCCGCUGCCGCUAGAGCUGAAGGUGGGUCAGACGGACGUGCUGCACAUGUGCCACCAGCUGGCCACCGAGGUGGUCACCAUGGGCGGCGGUAAACGCUACGACGUGCAGCUGGAGGCGCUGGAACCGCAGCCGGCCGUCAAGAAGGAAGAAGGGGAUGAGGUUGACGCAUUCGAGGCCUGGCUGCAGUGCUACCACCAGCCCGGCAUGAAGAAUCUGGUGGAUAAUAACGGCAGGACGAUAUGGUUCGCAGGCAGCCCUGGGCCACGAGCGCCUAAAGAUGGUAAAGCUCGCCAUUCGCCGAAGAAAAGGGCUUCGUCCAAGGUUCCGAAGUCCAAGAAGCGAGGGGAGGAAAACAAUGAGGAUGACCUCGUGCAAAGAGGUGCCAAAGCAGCAGCGGGCAAAAGGACGAAGGCGGCUAGCAACUCGCGUAAAAGGACUUCGUCAAUGGUGCCGAAGUCCGAGGAGCCUGAGUAUUCGGAUCGAGCCAAGAACCUCGUGAACAAACGUGCCAAGGUCUCAUCGCGCGAAAAUACUAAGAUCCCGCAUAAAAUAAGCGACCCUGAGAAGAGCACGCGUGCGGCUAAGCGGACUAAGAAGUCGGCCUCGUGCGAGGAGACGCCAGCGGUUCUUUGCAGUAGCACGGCUCUCGGUCACGCCCAGUCCGAGGAGGGCGACAGGCGGACGAGGCGGACCGGCACCAGUGGGAGACGGUCGCUGAGGCUGGCUGGCAGGGCCGGUGGCUGCUGACGACGCACUGCGAAUGCAGGAGGUGGUCUGUGUCCCCCCCCACGCAACCGUGUACUGUCUGCGCUGAUCAGGGACGAGUGAAAGGAUUUAUUUCCGAUGCGUUGGCUCCUUUUGCACUUUGAAUGAAUCGUUGACUUACGUAAUACUCAGGUCUCAUCGUUAUCAAUGUCUCGCUCAUUAUC